AUAAGAUAAUAAAACUUGCCUAAAACUACUUAUACAUCGUAUGACAAGACAAUAGGGCGUAUCUGGAUCCUCUCCAUCGCACUCGCCUCUCUUGAUACUGCUAUACCAUCGGACUGUAGAGGGCAAAAGAGAAAAUCCAGCCCCUUCCUCUCACUAUGGCUGCCACAGCAGACAUCCCCGUUAUCGACAUAUCCGGAGACCAGGAUGUCGUGGCCCAGCAACUGGUCGACGCCGCCCAGGAGCACGGCUUCAUUUACAUAAAAAAUCUCGGAAGAGACAUCUCCAGGAGCAGCAUCGAUGGGGCAUUUGCGCUGUCUAAGAAGCUAUUCGAUGCCCCCGUAGAAGAAAAGCAGGCCUGCACCAUCAAUACAAAUAACCGCGGCUGGUCUGGCAUGCACUCGGAGACUCUGGAUCCCAAGAACCAAAAGGUUGGAGACUUCAAAGAAGCUUUCAAUUUUGGUGAAUUCGUCGAUGGAAAAGCUCAGCAGCCUCUUCCUCCCACCAUUGCUAGCGAUGAGCCUGAGAUCAAUGCAUUUGCAGACUCUUGCCACAAGCUCUGCAAGAAGCUGUUGCAUCUCCUCGGAAUAGGUCUCGGCGUUGGCGACUUCUUCUCCUCAGCGCAUGGCACCAACGGCGAAUCCGCCUCCAUCUUGCGCCUUCUCCGCUACCCACCCCCUGAUCAGACCGCUCCCUCUAGUGAUGAUAUCCGCGCCGGCGCACAUUCCGACUACGGCUCCAUCACGCUACUCUUCCGGCUAAAAGGCCAGGCUGGCCUAGAACUCCAGAAGAAAGACGGCUCUUGGGCUCCUGUGCCCGUCUGCCCGCCUGGCUCAGAGAACGACGUCAGCCCCCCGAUUCUGAUCAACAUUGGAGACUUGCUCUCUUACUGGACCAACGGGCUGUUUAGAAGUACCGUCCACAGGGUAGUCUUCCCAUCCGAUAACCAGGCGAGCAGAGUACAAGGCGAAACAAGCUCCGCGCCGCGGUAUUCGAUUGCCUUCUUUUGCCACCCUAAAGGAACAAUACCCUUGGAGCCUGUGCCCAGCGACAGGGUGAAGAACUUUGUGCCAGAUGAGAGCACCCCGAAUCAGAACCCGUAUGCUGAGAGAAAGGUCAUGACGGCAAAUGAGCAUCUUUUUAUGAGACUGAAGGCUAGCUACGGGACUUUGUAUGACGAGGAGCCGUGAGGCUCAUAUCUAAUCAUUGACAGUUUCUAGGUAUAUUAAGGUCUAAUUUCUUCCAUUCAUCAUUAAUGCCAUACAUAUAUAAUCCUAUUGAUUAUUUACGCCCCAGAAACAGAACAUGAAAAUUAGACAGAAGAGACCUGCUAUCCUCUGCUAGAUAAAUGAUAUAGUUAAAUCAACCCACAGU